UUCGCUGCUAUUUACGAAGAGAUUGCUCCGAGGGACCGCGAACCCAACUACCAAAUUUGAAAACUGUACUAACUGAAACGAGAGUUUUAUUAAAACUAUGCGCUUUAGACAGGCACACAGAUGCCUGCGCUCACUGCAGUCCAGAACAUUGUCCGAUUCUCCAAUUACAAUACUUCCACAUCAUAAAACCCACAAUUCUGUCGAAGGACCCUGUAGAAAUUCACGGCCAAAACAUAAAAAGAACAAGUUCAAAGACUCCGACAUUGUGAAAUGCAACAUCGCCAUCACCAACCAUAUGCGGAAUGGACAAUGCGACUCAGCUCUGCUUUUGUUCAAUUCCAUGCCCAGGAAAACUUCGGUAUCCUACAACACAAUGAUAUCUGGGUUCUUGUCGAAUCAAAAGUUCGAACUCGCCCAUAAUCUGUUCGAUCAAAUGCCUGAGAAGGACUUGGUUUCUUGGAAUAUUAUUAUUAGUGGUCAUAUAAGGAACAAAAAUCUUGGGGCUGCUAGGAAGUUGUUUGAUCAAAUGCCGGAAAGGGAUGUUGUCUCAUGGAACACGAUAUUGUCAGGAUAUGCACAGAACGGGUUUGUAGAUGAGGCUAGGAGGGUUUUCGAUGCGAUGCCUGAGAAGAAUGAGAUCUCGUGGAAUGGGAUUCUUGCGGCUUAUGUGCAAAAUGGGAUGAUAGAAGAGGCUAGGAGGUUGUUUGAGACUAAAGAGCAUUGGGCAGUGGUUUCAUGGAAUUGUUUAAUUGGUGCCUACUUGAAGAAGAGGAGGUUGGUGGAGGCAAAGAAGAUUUUUCAAGAGAUGCCAGUCAAGGACGAGGUCUCAUGGAACACAAUGAUUACAUGUUAUGCACAAAAUGGGAAGCUGGAUGAGGCAAGGAAAUUGUUCGAAGAGUCCCCAUUUCGUGACGUGUUUACAUGGACAGCUAUGGUCUCAGGAUAUGUACAAAAUGGGAGGUUAGAUGAGGCAAGGAGAAUUUUCAAUGAGAUGCCAGAGAAGAAUGUUGUUUCGUGGAAUGCAAUGGUAGCAGGAUAUGUGCAAGAUAAGAAUAUGGUUGCAGCGAGGGAGUUGUUUGAAGCAAUGCCCAGGAGAAAUGUUAGUACGUGGAACACAAUGAUAACUGGGUAUGCUCAAAAUGGUGAAAUUGCACAUGCCAGAAGUUUGUUUGAUAGAAUGCCUCAUCGGGAUUGCAUCACUUGGGCAGCUAUGAUUUCUGGCUAUUCUCAAUCUGGUGACAGCGAGGAGGCAUUACAAAUGUUUUUGGAAAUGAAAAGAGAUGGGGAGAGGCUAAACCGAUCAGCAUUUACUAGUAUCUUGAGUACAUGUGCUGAUGUUGCUGCUUUUGAGUUAGGGAAGCAAAUGCAUGGAUGUGCUUUUAAAGCAGGAUAUGAGUCUGGGUGCUACGUGGGAAAUGCACUUCUUGCUAUGUAUUGUCGGUGUGGAAGCAUUGAUGAGGCACAUGAAGUAUUUAAGGGUAUCGAGGAUAAGGAGGUAGUCUCAUGGAACACGAUUAUUAUUGGCUACGCUAGGCACGGAUUUGGCAAAGAAGCUCUCACUCUUUUCGAAUCAAUGAAGAGAGCAUCUAUCAAGCCAGAUGAUGUUACCAUGGUUGGUGUUUUGUCUGCGUGUAGUCAUUCUGGCAUGGUAGACAGAGGCAGAGAGUACUUCCACUCCAUGAAUCAUGAUUAUGGCAUAUUGGCAAAUUCAAAGCACUAUACAUCCAUGAUUGAUCUACUGGGUCGAGCUGGACGCCUAGAUGAUGCUCAAAAUUUGAUGAAAAGUAUGCCUUUUGAACCAGAUGCAGCAACAUGGGGAGCUCUUCUUGGUGCCAGCAGGAUUCAUGGCAAUACCGAGUUAGGAGAAAAGGCUGCUGAAAUGAUCUUUGCUAUGGAACCUUGGAAUGCUGGGAUGUAUGUCCUACUUUCAAACUUAUAUGCAGCUUCAGGCAGGUGGGCUGAUGUUGGUAAGAUGAGAUUAAAAAUGAGGGAUACUGGCAUUAAAAAAGUACCUGGAUACAGCUGGGUUGAGGUUCAAAACAAAAUCCAUUCAUUUUCAGUCGGAGACUCCAACCAUCCUGAGAGUGGCAGAAUAUAUGCUUUCUUGGAGGAGAUAGAUUUACAGAUCAAACGUGAUGGUUACGUCUCAGCCACAAAAUUGGUUUUGCAUGAUGUAGAGGAAGAGGAGAAACAGCACAUGCUCAAGUAUCACAGUGAGAAAUUAGCCGUCGCUUUUGGGAUUAUUAAGAUUCCAGCUGGGAGACCAAUUCGUGUGUUCAAAAACUUGCGGGUUUGUGCAGAUUGCCACACAGCAAUCAAACACAUAUCGAAGAUUGUUGGAAGAACAAUAAUCCUGCGUGAUCCUAACCGUUUCCACCACUUCAACGGUGGUGCAUGUAAUUGUGGCGACUAUUGGUAACGCAAAUUAAUUUUAGAAUAUUAAAAUGCCAAAUUGUUUACAGUAAUGUUGUUCGAGCAACAUUUGUUGGAGUUGGGCAGCUAUGGGUAGUACAGUGCCGUAAGUUAUUUUGACAGGGUAUAAUGAAAAAUGAAACUUGCUAUCA